AUGCGUCUUCACAACCUCCCAACGGAAACCGCAUUUCUAUCAACCCUCCUCUUUCCACUCCUUUCUUCCGCGCUUGGAAAUUUAGAUUGUACGAACAUAGUUGUCGACAAAAAGGCGUUCAAUUUGGAAGCAUUAGGUGGACCACGGUCGGCAUUACACAGUGUUGAAGAUUAUGUUGGAGAAGCAGCAAAAGGAUGGACAAAUACAACAUACACAAUCGACCUUUGCAAUCCUAUAGUCAAGAAGGGUUUCUAUGAGUGUCCAGGUGGGACAAGAGUUUGUGGCAUAACACAUGUUAUCAAUGAAGAGGAAGGAUCAGACGCAACACAACAAAUUGUUCCAUUUGCAGGCGAAUUACAAAAUUACGGCGGAGGUCCUCUCGACGCUAAAGUGGAACGACUUAGCAACUCUAAAUCUCAUUCAGACGCCGACAAAGAAGGAUUGCGUGUAGAGCUAAACGGUGGCUUUAUCGGACGAGGGAAGAAUAAGAGACCACAAAAAGCCAUCGUGGAGUUUAUUUGCGAUGCGAACAGAACUGGGCUGGAAAAUUUGUGGGUACCACCAGAGCCGAAAAACAAGCAGAAGGAUGAGGAGAAGCACAAUAAGAGGGAGGAAGAAGGGAAUGAUGAUGAAGUGAUUGGAGCGCCAGGCAACGAUUCGAGUCUUCAAUUUGUUAGGUUAGACAAAGAUAAAGACGAUGCAGAUAUCCUAAGGUUGACUUGGCGCACAAAGUAUGCUUGUGAGGAUGGACCAAAGGACGAUGGUGAUGACAGCAAAAGUUCACAUUGGGGGUUCUUUACUUGGUUCAUUAUUGUUGCAUUCCUUUCAACGGCCGCAUACUUGAUUUUUGGAUCUUGGCUCAACUACAAUAGAUAUGGCGCUCGUGGAUGGGACCUUCUCCCCCACGGAGAUACGAUCCGUGACGUUCCAUAUUUAUUGAAGGACUGGUCCAGAAGAGUUUUGAGUACCGUACAAGGUGGUGGAAGUAGAGGAGGUUAUGCGGCAGUAUGA